CCUGCUUGCCUGACCGCUGUGUAAUUGCCUAACUGUCGUCGCCGCCGGAUGGCUGUCGCUCGACGUUCGACGUGAUCGUUCGGUUGUUGUUUGUCUCCUAUAGCGUCCAAUUUGCGACAGCCGUUUGUUGUUUUCCGUGUUUGUGGCCCGAUGUCGCGUUACCCGACGCUCCGCAGUUGUGGCUAUGAGCUGCACCGGACUAUAGGAACCGGCGGAUUUGGCAAAGUCAAACUGGCCACGCACGGGCCCACCGGCGAAAAGGUGGCUGUCAAAAUCAUGGACAAGACCAAGCUGGGCAAGGACCUGCCGCGCGUCAAGCUAGAGAUCAGCGCACUCAAGACACUGUCCCAUCCAAACGUCUGUAAGCUUUAUCAGGUGAUUGAGACCGAGAGUCACUGUUACGUGGUCAUGGAGUACUGCUCGGGCGGUGAGCUGUUCGAUCACAUCGUCGAAAAGAGCCGUCUCAGCGAAAUGGAGUCGAGAAUGUUCUUUAGGCAGAUCAUAUCGGCCGUGUCAUACCUGCACGACAGCGGCUAUGCGCACCGCGAUCUCAAGCCGGAAAACAUACUGUUGGACAAGGAACAAAACCUGAAGAUAAUCGAUUUCGGUUUAUGUGCCAAGCCGCAGGGUGGUAUGGACAGUCUGUUGUUGACUUCGUGCGGUUCGCCUACUUAUGCCGCCCCCGAACUUAUUCAAGGGGUCAAAUACCACGGGUCUGAAGUAGAUAUCUGGAGCAUGGGUGUUAUUCUGUAUGCCCUGUUGUGCGGUUGUUUGCCAUUCGAAAGCGACAACAUCGAUGAGCUUUUUAAAAAGAUUUUACGUGGAAAAUACAUUGAACCUGGCUGGCUGUCGUCAGGCAGUAAACGUUUGUUGCGACGUAUGCUUUGUGUGGAUCCUUUAAAGCGUGUACGAAUCAGUGAGCUGAUUGACGAUCCAUGGAUUAAACUUGGGUAUGGUUAUCCUCCAGCCACAAAGUUUCACAAUAUGGGACAAUAUAAAGACAUUGAAUGUCUUGAAGUAAUGAGUCAAUAUUAUAAUGUUGAUAAAGAAAUUCUAUGGUCUCGUCUUUCCAAAUGGAAGUACGACAGUGAGACCGCUACUUAUUUGUUGUUGAUUAAUUUAAAAAAAUCUGGUAGUCCGUUAGUUUUGAAGAAAAAAGAUUUACCCAAACUGCAACCAGAACAAGUUAUUAUAAGAAGGCCAGUCGAUCUGCAUACUCCUGGCCAAGAAAAUAGAAGAAUACGUGCUGUUAGAAGAAAAUUAGAAGAUGCGACACCUGUUAUACCAGCUAAAAUCAAAAGAAGUGCCAAUGUUGAAACUGCUCAACAACACAGUUCAGCAGUUCAAAAUAGUCCUGCUGGUAAAAUAUUGUCUAGUUUAGAUCGUGUUAGAAAGGCUUUGACACCAAGACGCCGUUUGGGAACGCCGACAUUAAAAAAACCUGAAAUCUUGGACAUAAAAAAAGAUCUGUGUAACAUAUCGACCACAGUUUGUAAUGAUCCAGAGAAAGUAAUGAAUCAGUUAGAAAAUGCAUUGGCCAUGAAACAUGUUAUUUGCUCUAGAAAAGGUUUUAUUCUCAGGGGAAAAUUAAAGAGCGAUGCCAAUGAUAAGGAAAAAUUAAAAUUGUCUUUUGAACUAGAAAUAUGUUUAGUGCCAUCAAUAAACAAAGAAAAUUUGUCAGUUGUUGCUAUUAAACGAAAGCGUCUUAAAGGUGAUUCUUGGAUGUACAAAAAAAUAUGCGAAGAAAUUCUAAAUUUUACUGGAAAAUGUGAAUCUAAUAAUCAAGUGUGAUUUUUUUUUUUCUUCCGGAAAUAUGUUUUAUUUACCGAAUUGCUUUUGGUGUUUAAUUUUGAUUUUU